AACUGCUACACAUCGCGGCACUCGAUUUGGAAUUUACGGUACGCGGUUCCCAGAAUUCGCCUUUGUGCCACCGUGUACAUUUGUCGGUACUUAGUGCUUGAGCGCGCUCUUAGUUAUUGUUAUUAUUUAUUUAUUUACUACACGUACAUACUCGUACACUUGCACUCGCAAAAAAAUUUGCUUUAUCGCCGAUCAGUUGUUCAAUAGCUGCCGCUAAAGCAGAAACAAUGUCAGUGCUUGCGAUUCUAAUUGCCGCGCUUGGGGCAUUGCUCUCGUUUAUUUACUACUUGUUGCAACGACGUAUGAACUAUUGGCGCCAUCGCGGCAUACCGCAUGAUCCGCCGCACUUUUUUGCUGGCAAUUUGAAAGGGUUAAUGAAGACGCGUAGCUUCGCCGAAAUUCUGCGUGAAAUUUAUGAUCAUCAUCGUGGCUCCGGACCGUUCUGUGGCUAUUACUUGUUUCAGCGCCCCGCUGUUCUGGUGCUCGAUCGCGCGCUCAUCAAGAGCAUACUCAUUAAGGAUUUCAACAACUUCGCCGAUCGUGGCAUUUUUCACAACGAAAAAGAUGAUCCGCUCACAGGGCAUCUUUUUCGUUUGGAUGGCCAACAGUGGCGUGGCUUGCGCAAUAAGUUAACGCCCACCUUCACAACAGGCAAAAUGAAAUUCAUGUUCCCAACGAUAUUGAAAGUAGCCGAUCAGCUGAUUAUCGCCGUUUCGAAGCGCUUGGUGGCUGAUGAGCAUGUGUGGGAUUGGAAAGAAAUGAUGGCCUGCUUCACCACCGAUGUGAUUGGCAACUGCGCCUUCGGUAUUGAGUGCAACAGUCUUCAGGAUCCGAAUGCCGAGUUUCGUGUAAUGGGACGUCGGAUUAUCGGCUCGCGGCGACAUGGUCCGCUCAUUAAUGCUUUCAUUAAUAGUUUUCCGAAAUUGGCGCGUCGCCUACGUAUGGCCAUUAUGCCACAAGAGAUUACAGACUUCUUUUUGCGCAUCGUGCGUGAGAAUGUGGCGUAUCGUGAACGCAAUGCCGUACACACAAACGAUUUCAUGAGCAUUUUGAUGGAUUUGAAUAAGGGCAAACAUUUAAAGAGCGAAAACGAUCAAAUGCGCGCAUUGAGCGUGAGCGAAAUGACGGCGCAGGCAUUUGUGUUCUUCGUAGCGGGUUUUGAGACUUCAUCGACUACGCUGGCGUUCGCGCUUUAUGAGUUGGCGCUGCAAACCAAGCUGCAAGAGCGCUUGCGACAAGAGAUCGAGGCGACUAUCAAGAAACACAACAAUGAGUUCACCUAUGAGUGUAUGGAGGAUAUGCACUAUAUGAAACAGGUGCUGGCAGAAACUCAACGCAAAUACCCAAUUGCACCGAAUCUAAUGCGUCAAGCGGCAGCAGACUAUGUGGUGCCAGGUCAUCCAAACUAUGUUAUAAAGAAGGGCAUGAUGGUCACAAUACCAACAAUUGGCAUACAUUAUGAUCCCGCGAUUUAUCCCGAACCGGAUAAAUUUGAUCCCGAACGUUUCUCAGCCGAUGCGCUGCGGUUGCGCGACUCCGUCGAUUGGCUGCCCUUCGGCGAUGGUCCGCGUAACUGUAUUGGCAUGCGUUUCGGGCAAAUGCAGAUGCGUGUCGGCUUGACUUAUCUGCUGCGUCGCUUUAAGUUCACAACCAGCGAGCAAACGCAGAUACCGAUUGUUUUCCAGAAAACUUUCCCCUUAUUUCCGGAGGGUGGUAUACAUCUGAGAGUUGAUGGAAUUUGAAGAAACAGCCAGGAUCCUUUCAAGGAAAUACAUCAUUAAUGCAUACAUUCAUCACAAGUACUUAAAUAAUGGAGUUAACAAAAUUUUUACACACAAACAUACUUAUAAAUUCUUGUUCAUGCGAAACUGAGAGCCUUGAAAAGAACGCCGAGUA